AUGUUACUCGGAUGGUUGGUCCUCAUAUUCGCUCAGUCCGUAUGGGCGAAUCAUCAAGAGGAGCAGUGUGUGAGUGCUGUCUUCUCGGCCUAUAACUACAUCGCUUUUGCCGGAUUUCCCACAAAGGGCACGUGGGAUAUUCGAUGUCGAAACCCGCUUCAAGUCGCGUCCAUCUACGCUGCCACAGAAAUUUAUUGUGAUGAAACACAACGUGCGGCAGGCCUAACUCGGCUGGCUGCUGACUGCCAGAAAUUCGGUCACAAGGAGCUGCUGCCAAGAGACGCAGUUGCCGAAAAUCUGACCGAUGAUGCUAUUCGCAAUAUGAGGAAAGUGGAUUUUCAAGAACUAUCUCGAGCUUUGCCCGUGAAUGAGCCCAUUAUCAUUUCUCAAUCUUAUUUUGAUUUGGUGUUCAACACGAUCAACUCCUGGGAAUCUGUGAGUUGGUUGCAUCAUGCAUUUAGUUAUGCCGGCUAUGCCUAUUGGGCCGGUAUAAUGUCCCUAGGAAUGGCGUUUCGGUUAUUCGAUUGGAAAGUCUACCGGCGACAACGUCAUACAGAACGUGUGCUUGAAAGCAACGUAUAUCCACUAUUGAGGACUUUGGAAGACGCACCAAUAUUGGGAACAGUGCUUCAUUGGCUCCACACACAUAUCGUGAUUCCAGCGCCACUGGCAACGCGUGGUCGACAUCUGUUGGGCUGUACAUUCUCAACCAGAGCCGAGGCACUUGUGGUACUGGGAUUCUGGACUUUGAGUAUUGUUUUCAGCUUAGUGGGAUAUCACACAUUCCCGGGAAAUAUUUAUUAUCCAGAGGUCUCAAAUCAGGUUUUGCGGUAUUCUGCGGAUCGCACUGGGAUCAUGUCCUUUGCCAACUUUCCCCUUCUAUGGCUCUUCGCUGGUCGGAACAACAUUUUCCUGUGGGCCAGCGGAUGGAGCUAUGCAUCCUUCAAUAUCUUCCAUCGCCAUGUGGCUCGAGUGGCCACAUUGCAGGCAGUAGUACACUCCGUCUUCUACAUAAUCAUGUUCUUUCAAACGGGGAAAGCCUGGAGAGGGAUGACCAAGACUUACGUGCUAUGGGGGAUUUUGGGCACCAUUGCCAUGGUCAUUCUGCUGAUCACAUCGUUGGAUCGGAUCCGCAUCGCAACCUAUGAACUAUUCUUGAUUUCUCAUAUCGUGCUCUCGGUCAUUACUCACACUGUGAUAUUUGAAGGUAAUGAGUACUGGAAAUAUCUAUGGCCUUCGGUGGCUAUUUGGGUGAUUGAUCGCUUGUUGAGAAUCAUGCGACUGUGCUACUGCAACAUGCAUGUGGGACUUUCGCAUAAGGGCCUCAUCAAGACCACAGUGACGAGCAUGACAUAUGAUGAAGGAGCUGACGUGGUGCGAAUGGAAGUCACUCCCGGGGCAUUGUCACUAAACCCUUCACCAGGACAGUACUACUUUUUGUACCAGCCCUGCCGGCUCACAGGCUGGGAAAGUCACCCUUUUACAAUAGGAGCAUGGUCUUACGAAACAAGAGAACAGUCGUCUCUGGCACCGAAGUCGCUGAGUUCAAUGAGAAACCCAUCUGAUAUCUCGCAUCAACCGCUUCUUUCAGGUUCAUCCUCUGAACAAGAUUCAGCUGCCGCUCUGGGGGAUGCCACUUCUGGAGAGAAAGAACACCAGAGUCUGAAGUUGAUAUUUUGGGUUCGUCCUUACGAUGGCUGGACUCGGAAUCUGCGCCAGCAAUGCCUGAGCUCUCCAUCCAUAGCAAAAGAUGCCGGUAUUCUUCUUGAGGGACCAUACGGUGAUACAUUUCCGGUCUGGAGAUAUGAAUCAGUGUUGAUCAUAGUCGGCGGAACGGGCAUCGCAUCUGCUGUUCCUUACAUUCAGGAUCAUCUUCGCCGCUCAGUUCGAGACUGGGAACAAGAUUCUCAGAAUGAGAAAACUCGAGUUCGAGACAUGGAACUUGUCUGGACAGCGAGACAAACGGCAUUUAUUCGAGAUGUUGUUGACCGGGAAUUGAAACCUGCCUUUGAUCGGGACGACUUUAGUGCCUCUUUCCAUACAACUGGUGAUUAUACGCCAUACACUGACUAUUCGAAUGGACUCGAGAUCAACAUCAAACAAGGGCGACCCCACCUUGAGUCUCUCAUUAUGAGUCGGGCCGCUGAUGCAUGCUCAGCUGGAUCCAGCCUUGCAAUCCUGGUAUGUGGCCCACCAGGAAUGGCAGAUGAAGCUCGCGCUGCGACACAUCUCGCAAUGCGAAAGGGCUAUCGAUCCAUAAAGUUUGUUGAGGAGUCUUUCACAUGGUAG